AUGUUUCUCACUUUGAUUAUUCCUGGACCACAUAAUCCAAAGAGCAAGAUAGAUGUGUAUUUGCAACCUUUGAUAGAUGAGCUCAAAGUUUUAUGGAAUGAAGGAGUGCUUACAUAUGAUAUUUCCAAAAACACAAAUUUUAUAAUGAAAGCUGCUUUAAUGUGGACUAUUAAUGAUUUUCCUGCGUAUGGAAUGUUGUCUGGUUGGAGUACAGCAUGGAAAUUAGCAUGUCCAUAUUGCAUGAGUCAAUCCAAAGCUUUUUUCUGGAAACAUGGUGGUAAGUGUUCUUGGUUUGAUUCUCAUCGUCAAUUUUUGCCUAUGGAUCACAUAUUUCGAAGAAAUAAGGAUGCAUUUUACAAGAAUCGAAUAGAAAAGUCUCAACCUCCACGACGGUUAACUGGGGAUGAUGUGUGGGAAGAAGUUUGUUAUCUCCCUAAAAUAACUGAGGUUGAUCCGUGUAUAUGUGAUGGAUUUGGUGUGAAUCAUAAUUGGAAAAAACAAAGUAUCUUUUGGGAGUUGCCUUAUUGGAAAACCAACUUAAUAAGGCAUAAUCUUGAUGUAAUGCAUAUUGAGAAGAAUGUGUUUGAUAAUAUUUUCAAUACAGUGAUGGACAUCAAAGAUAAGACCAAAGAUAAUGUUAAGGCAAGAAUGGAUUUAAAGGAGUAUUGUCGAAGAAAGGAGUUAGAGCUACAAAUACAAUCUAGUGGAAAAGUUUUAAAGCCUAAAGCCAAAUAUGUUUUGUCUAGCGAUCAACAAAAGGCUGUGUAUAAAUGGAUUUCUGAGUUAAAAAUGCCUGAUGGACAUGCUUCAAAUUUGCAUAGAUGUGUAAACACAAGAGAUGGGAAGUUAAUUGGAAUGAAAAGUCACGAUUGCCAUGUAUUUAUGGAGCGGUUGUUACCAAUUGCUUUUAGUGCACUUCCACAUCAUGUGUGGAAUCCUAUAGCUGAGUUGAGUAAAUUUUUCAAAGAUUUGUGCUCAACAAUUUUGCGAGUGGAUGAUUUGUUGUUAAUGGAACAAAAUAUAGUGAUUACAACUUGUAAAUUGGAACGAAUCUUUCCACAUGGAUUCUUUAAUUCCAUGGAGCAUAUUCCGAUUCACCUUCCUUAUGAAGCAAGGGUUGGGGGUCCUGUGCAAUAUCGUUGGAUGUAUCCAUUUGAGAGGUACUUGAAUAGGUUGAAACAAAUGGUUAAAAACAUAUCACAUGUAGAAGGGUCAAUUUGUGAGGCAUAUCUAUGUCAAGAGGCUUCUCAUUUAUGUUCAUAUUAUUUUGAAUCUCAUGUGCAAUCUUUGAGAAAUAGAGUAGGUCGAAAUGAUGAUGGGGGUAAACAUGAUGUAGUUCAGAAAACUUUAUCAAUUUUCAAUCAUUCUGGUCGCUCAGCUGGAACAUGUAAGAGUAGAUAUUUGAAUGAUAGAGAAUUAACUACUACACAUUUGCAUGUUCUAUUAAAUUGUGAAGAAGUUCAACCAUAUAUUGAGUAA